AUGAGGGGCGCGCGGCCGGGGGCGGGCCCGGCGGGGCGUGGCGUGGCGUGGCGGGCGGAGGGUCGCGUGUGGGUCGCGAGCCAGGCCCUAACGGCCUCUCCCGACGGCUUCCGUCCGCUGCCCGCUCGCCCGCCCGCCGCGGCCCACAGAGCCGGUUCCGGCCGCCGCCGGGAGGGGCACGGGGUGCACGGCAGGCCGGGCCUCGACGCACGCGUCCGCCAGCCGGCGGGCUGGGCCGCCAUGGAGAACGAAGAUAAUGUAGAUCUAAGACAGACCUACACUCCACUUUCUUCACCAACAGAAUAUGCGCGUUCUAUAGAUUCUUCACUUUUCUAUGCACCAUGGUCUACUUAUGGAGAUGAUAUUAAACAACCUUCUAAUUCUCAGAUCAAUAUAAAGAACAGGAUUCAAACUGAAAGAAAUGACUAUGGCAGCGAAACAGAUUUAUAUGGACUUGUGUCUAACAUUUUGGAAGAACAAGAUAAGUCACAGCCAUAUUUUCCUGAAGGUUCCUUUUCUGGUUUGAUGCCAACUUUUGGAUUUCAAAGACCAAUUAAAACCCGUAGUGGACCAGCCAGCGAACUCCAUAUUCGUCUAGAAGAGUGCUAUGAACAGUGGAGAGCACUAGAAAAGGAGAGGAAAAAGACUGAAUUAGCUCUUGCCAAGAAUUAUCCAGGAAAAAAAGUAUCCAGUACUAACAAUACUCCAAUUCCAAGGCUGACCUCCAACCCAUCUAGAGUUGAUCGCUUAAUUGUGGAUGAACUUCGGGAACAAGCGAGAGUUAUGACAUUACUGGGCAAAAUGGAGCGUCUCCGGAGCUCUCCCCUUCAUCCCAACAUCUCCACUGCUCUUGACAGACACUUGGAGUCCAUCCACAUCGUACAGUCGCGCAGAAAGGAUGAGAUUUUUAAUGCUUCAAGUCGGCAAAGGCAAGGGGUGCCAAGAUGCCAGGAUGACAGAGAUGUUUUUGCCCUUGCUUCAGCAAUUAAAGAGAUGUGUGUGGCUACUCGGAAAGCACGCACAACCCUGUGGUGUGCACUGCAGAUGACCUUGCCGAAGACAGUAAGCACAGCGGGCCACGCAGAUGUGGAUAAAGUUUUACAGGACAUAGUGAACUGACAAUAAGGUCCGUGAGAGCAUGAAUAGCAGCAAUCCAGUGAACCAGAGAGGUGACACAAACAUUAAGGAAAGGCCACAGAAGGAAGAAUGAAAAGCUGAUAAGUAAAUUUAUCAAGACAUAUUAACAAUUUUUAAUGAACUUGUCAAACUUCAGUACAUUAAUUUUCUUUUCAACUUAGUUAAUACCUUAAUGAAGUCGAACUUCUAUUUAAAAAUCUAUUUGGAAUGAAUGAGAUAGUGAAUUUAGAGGCAGAGUUGACUAGGAGUUCUGAGUAGUCCAACAUAACAAAUUUCUUUAAGCAAAUUAAAUACUUCCUAACAGCUAAAAUAGUACUUAAACUCAUUCUGCAGUGCAGGUAAAUGCAAAUAUCAAAUUCUUCAUUUAGUUCUGCCUUAGUAUGAUUCCAAAUAAUGAAUGUUAAGUGACUGUAACCCAAAUAUGGCUACAGUCUAGUAACCAAGACAAUGUUGAUUGUGAUAGGAGUGUUUUCCUUACAAAACUGGAUAAACCUAAGAGAUGAAGGAAAACAAAUAUUCACGUAAAAAUUUAAAAUACUACCACAUUUAUAGAUUUGAAAUCUUAGUGCUUAAGUAUACGGAGGGAAAUCCAUCCGAUUCUCCUAAAUUAGUGAUAAAAGUGCCAGUGCAAAAACCAUGCAAGUUAUUGGAUAUAAAACCUGUUCAAAUCAUUUGUGUAUAUUCUUUACAAUUUAUACUAUUAAUAAUUUCUAAUUUUAAAGUUAAAAUUUAUUCUAUGAAGUAUUAUUUCUAAUUUUAAAGUAUUUAACUUGAAUCAAAACAUUUCCUUUAUCUGGAACUUUUAGACUUGAUUUACAGUCACUAAAAUAAUGACAACUGUUUUAAUACCCUUAGUUGGCUGUCUUUUAUGAGGGUAUCACGAAGUUCUAAAAGGUAAUUUUUUAAGGUUAAUCCUUAACUAGUUUAGUUUGCAUUUGGUUCAUUAUAUUUUGUGCAGUUGUGUUCAUUAGUUUGCUUCUAUAUUUUUUUUUUUAAAAAAGAGUACUUGAAAGCUUGGCUUUUCCUCUUUCUCAUCCCUUAAUACCUGUUAUGGAACCCGAGUAAUUUAUUAAUACAAAACGUUAGUAUUAUGUGACUCGGAAGAUCUGCGUUUUAACAUUUCCAGCAUGAGUUGAACUAUAAUAUAAUGUACUGAUGAAAUUUAAUUGUAUGCUUAAUCAAAAACACUGAUGUUUUAAACGUUGUUUUUCUUAGUUUUAGAAAUCCUGGUAUUUAAAAAGUGUAAUCACACCAAUAAAUUUUCUUUAGAUGAUGUGUGGAAGACACUGCUUGCAAAUGCAGGAGUAACUGUAGGGAGAAACAUUUUGAUCACUGAUAAGCCAUAGAACUACUCAAAUGAAUUGCAUUAGGGUAGUCAAAUAAAAUAGAUCACCCCACCAGUCACUGCACAGAAAGUGGUUAAGUUUGAUAUGAGACAUGUUGGAUGUUAUAAAAACAAAUACUGUACUGAAUUUAGUCUCUCAGGAAAAGGAUAAAUUGUUGAAAAUAUUUGGGUUUUUUUUUUUACAUUUGUAUCAGUUUCUAACUCUCAAGAGUUACUCAUAUCAGAAAACUUAACUGAUAACAAUGUUUUAAUUUCAUAAGUAACAGGGUUAGUAGAUUGAUGCCCUUCAUAUAUACUUGAAUCGCACAUGAACACCUUACCUUCAAAGAUGAAACUUUUAUUAUCUUUACAGUAAUCUAGGCAAACCAGAGUAAAAUUUGGGUAAAAGCUUUAAUAUGACAUUGGUCAGAAAUGAAACUACUCCAUUUAAAAAAAACAAACUUUGUUAAAAAUUAAAAAUCACAAGUCACCCAGUAGCUAUUUCUUUUAUUAACUGGUUGUCCCUUUCUACUGUGUAAUGUCUAAUAGAUGGUUCUUAUGUACCACACAUCUUAAGUACAACCUACAGAAACGUUAUACACAGCUAGGCAUGGUGGCACACACCACUAAACCCAGCACUCUGAGGCUCAGCCUGAGCAAUUUAACCAUUUAGCAAGACCCUGUCUCAAAACAGAAAAUAAAGGGCCGGGGAUUUACCUCAGUGGUUCCGCCACCUGCCUCACAAGCGCAAGGACCAGAGUUUGAUCCCCGGUACCAAAAAAAAACCCAAAACAAAAUUAAAAAAAGGACUAGAGAUGAAGUUCAGUACAAAGGCCCUGCAUUCUAUUCCCAGUACCACCAAAAAAGAAAACAAAAAAAAUCACACAAAAUCUUAAGUGAAACUGGUAAAGCUGGUGCUCCCACCAUUUCUAAUUGAAAGAAACUUGGUGUAUUUUUAUGGAAAAAACAAUUUGUAUAAAGGGAUUUAAAAAUUACUCUGAAUUAUUGUAUUAGUAUUCUUCCAAUUUGAUUUUUUUCAGUACCAGGAACCAAACUCAGGACCUUGUGUU